AUGGCCCUGCUAGGAUACUUCUUAUUCCUCUACGGCCUGAAGCAGGCGCUGGGCAGCUACCCGAUCUGGUGGUCCCUGGCCGUCGGGCCCCAGUACUCAUCCCUGGGCACUCAGCCCAUCCUGUGCGCCAGCAUCCCCGGCCUGGUCCCCAAGCAGCUGCGCUUCUGCCGAAACUACGUGGAGAUCAUGCCCAGCGUGGCGGAGGGCAUCAAGAUCAGCAUCCAGGAGUGCCAGCAUCAGUUCCGCGGGCGCCGCUGGAACUGUACCACCGUCAACAACAGCCUGGCCAUCUUCGGCCCUGUGCUGGACAAAGCCCCCAGCGGGUCCUCGGACCUCCUGGAAGCAUCAGCCCCCAGUGGGUUCUCGGACCUCCUGCGAGCGGCAGCCUCCAGCGGGUUCUCGGACCCCCUCCCCCCGCGAGCGUCAGCCCCCAGCGGGUUCUUAGACCUCCCGCGACUGUCAGCCUCCAGCGGGUUCUCGGACCCCCUGCGAGCGUCAGCCCCCAGCAGGUUCUCGGACCCCCUGCUGACGGGCAGCGAGCCCCUGACCAUCCUCCCGCUAACCCUGGAGCCAGAGGCCGCCGCCCAGGCACACUACAAGGCCUGCGACCGGCUGAAGCUGGAGCGCAAGCAGAGACGCAUGUGCCGCAGAGACCCAGGCGUGGCCGAGACGCUGGUGGAGGCGGUCAGCAUGAGCGCGCUGGAGUGCCAGUACCAGUUCCGGUUCGAGCGCUGGAACUGCACUUUGGAGGGCCGUUACCGGGCCAGCCUACUCAAGCGAGGCUUCAAGGAGACCGCCUUCCUCUAUGCCAUCUCCUCGGCCGGCCUGACGCACGCGCUGGCCAAGGCGUGCAGCGCGGGCCGCAUGGAGCGCUGCACGUGCGACGAGGCCCCCGACCUGGAGAACCGCGAGGCCUGGCAGUGGGGUGGCUGCGGGGACAACCUCAAGUACAGCAGCAAGUUCGUCAAGGAGUUCCUGGGCCGGCGGUCGAGCAAAGAUCUGCGAGCCCGCGUGGACUUCCACAACAACCUCGUGGGUGUGAAGGUAAUCAAGGCCGGGGUGGAGACCACGUGCAAGUGCCACGGUGUGUCCGGCUCCUGCACGGUGCGGACAUGCUGGCGACAGCUGGCGCCCUUCCAUGAGGUGGGCAAACGCCUGAAACACAAGUACGAGACGGCCCUCAAGGUGGGCAGCACCACCAACGAGGCCACCGGUGAGGCCGGUGCCAUCUCCCCGCCUCGGGGCCGGGUGGCUGGGACGGGCGGCAGCGACCCACUGCCCCGCACGCCGGAUCUCGUGCACCUGGAUGACUCGCCCAGCUUCUGCCUGGCCAGCCGCUUCUCCCCGGGCACCGCCGGCCGCAGGUGCCACCGGGAGAAGAACUGCGAGAGCAUCUGCUGUGGGCGUGGCCACAACACGCAGAGUCGGGUGGUGACGCGGCCCUGCCAGUGCCAGGUUCGUUGGUGCUGCUACGUGGAGUGCAGGCAGUGCACACAGCGUGAGGAGGUCUACACCUGCAAGGGCUGAGCUCCCCGGCCCCGCCCCCUGC